AUGGGUCAUCACAUCACUAUUUUUGGCCUUUUAGAAUUCCAUUUCUUAGUUAACCUUUUUAAUCUUUGCGUAUUAAUUUGUUCAUUUACAUUCUUUACAGUUGUUCCCUUCUGCCAGCCAGGCUACAAUGGCUGUUCUAAAUAUGCUUCGUGCAUUGCACAAGAUAAAACAUAUUCAUGUCAGUGUUGGGCAGGAUUUCGUGAUCUAAGUCCUCUUGUCCCAGGAAGACAAUGUGAAGAUAUUAAUGAAUGUGAAGGAAAUAAUUUGUGUUCCUAUUUGGCUUCCUGCAACAAUACAAUUGGGAGUUAUAAGUGUCAAUGUUAUCCUGGCAUAAAGGAUUUGAAUCCUACCAAUCCUGGGCGAGAAUGUCAAGAUCCCAUCUUGUGUUUCAACACACCCAACCUGUGUUCACAGUCCACUAAAUGCUUCCAGUCACAACGUGCUUUCAUCUGUUCAAGUAAACAAGCAUUUGCUUGCAACAUUUCAUUCAAAACAUGGAAAUUUGUAUCUCCUGACCUUUAUGACUCUGAAAAUGAGAUCUAUAAGAAUCUGACUGACAGAAUCAGAAACACUGUAAUGGAAGGAAUGAAAAUGAAGCUUGGAGAGGACACCUUUGAUGUUUUGAUGUUUGGAUUCCGACCUGGAAGUGUAAUUGCAUACUUCACAUUUCUGUGGCAAGGAAAACACACCAUUGAUGAAAGAAUAUUUGUAGCAAAUUUAACAGAAGUUGUGAGAGAUAUGCUUGAUAACCAAACAAAAGUAACAGUUGAAGCAAUUCCAACAUCACAACCACUGGAAGAAGAUUCAACCUGGAAAACAGGAGUAAUUGUCCUUGCUGUGCUGUUUUGCAUUGCCUUAAUAGCUAUCCUGUUAAUAAUCUCAGCAUGGCUUUAUAUGAAAAAUAGGACUGGCAAAUACAGUAGUGAACCACAAGGAUUCACAGGAAACUUUACAUAUAGAAACUUAUAACCACCAUUUCCAUUGCUUUCAAAUGCUGAACCAUUUUUCAUUGAACAUUGUAUAGUUAUUAGAAUGCAAAUAACAAGGAUUAGAGAUGAGCAUCAAUAAAACUACAGAUUAUAUUUCAAUAGGAAAGAAAAUGGAUAUGAUUCACUGGAAUACCCCUUGUUGCUUAAGAGAACAUUAUAAAAUUUAAUGAAACAUAA